AUACUGUAGUGUCCCAAUUAGAAGCCCAGAAAUCCUCAUCAGUAAGCGCAUCAUUUUAGAAAGGGGAAAGCAAUCGCCGUGUUCAGGUGCGUCCUUCGCUGGCUCCUUACGCCGACUACAGCGCUUCUUUCGCGAGAUCUCUCGGUGUAUCUCCUUCCUCUGCGUCUUGCAGUCUAACAACCCCGCUUUUCGCUUCGUAAUGCUCCAUCUAACGCCUACAAUAUUGUGCAUUUAUUAGGCAAUUGGAUCCUAUGGCUUCCACCGGCUUCGCAUCGUCCACUAAUGGACGCACAGGCUUCAGUCGCAAGCAAGAGCGCAGCAACAGCGGCUCAGGGCACAAACUUGGCACGAAGAAGAAGAAAAUGACCAUCAAACCCUUCAAAGUCACCCCAAAGCUGCCCGAAUCCUUUGAAGAAGACACUUGGACCAAACUGGAGGCUGCUGUACACGCCGUACACGCCAAACAAAUGUCUACACUCAGCCGAGAGGAACUCUACCGCUCCGUAGAGGACAUGUGCACGUGGAAGAUGGCUGCAAGGCUCUAUACGAAGCUAGAAGAGACCUGUUCCCUUCACAUCAGAGAGAGAGUGGAAGAUCUUGGACGAUACACUGGGGGAGACAUGAAUCUGUUCCUAGAGGCAGUACACAGACUCUGGGAAGACCAUUGUGAGGACAUGCUCGUAAUCCGCACCAUUUUCCUCUAUUUGGACCGCACGUACGUGAUGCAGACGCCCCAUAUCGCGUCCAUUUGGGACAUGGGCCUCAAUUUGGUGCGUGGCAAUCUCGUACAACGUCGAGGCUUGGAGACCAAACUCAUCGACGCGUUGCUGGAGCUCGUAGAGCACGAACGCAAGGGAGAAGCCAUCAACCGCAGUUACCUGUACAAUCUGCUACGUAUGCUGCUGUCCUUGCACUUGUACCACGCCGACUUCGAGACGCCUUUUUUGAUGGCUUCAGAAAGAUUUUAUCUGCAGGAAGGAGCCGCGACAGUCGAGUCUGUGAGUGUCCCGCAGUUUUUAAUGCAUGCGGAGAAGAGGCUACAUGAGGAGAAUGAACGAGUGAAUCACUAUUUGGAUGCAUUGACCAAGAAACAGCUCAUUUCGGUGGUCGAGAACAAGUUACUGAAGCCUCAUGUGGCUACAUUGUUGGAGCGCGGGUUCGAAACGCUCAUGGAGGAAGGCAGGAUUGACGAUUUGAAGCGGAUGUACUCGCUUUUCGCCAGAGUGGAUGCGAUCAAUGACCUCAAGACGGCAUUCUCGAAUUAUAUCCAGAAGAACGUGUCGAAAUUAGUGAUGGAUGACCAGCAGGAGAAGACUUUUGUGGAGAAAAUACUCAAGCUGAAGACGGAUUUGGACGCCGUGUUAAGCGACUCGUUCCAGUCGAACUCAGACUUUGCGUUCGCUAUGAAGUCGGCGAUGGAGAAUGCGAUUAAUGUGCGAGCGAACCGACCUGCUGAGCUGGUGGCCAAGUUCGUGGAUUCGAAGCUUCGAACGGGCAACAAGGGCGGCUCGGAGGCAGAAGUGGAGAGUCUGCUGGACCGCGUCAUGGUCAUUUUCCGGUACAUCCAAGGCAAGGAUGUGUUCGAGGCCUUCUACAAGAAAGACCUUGCUAAACGCUUGCUGGUUGGCAAGAGCGCUUCGUUCGACUUGGAGAAACUCAUGCUGUCCAAGCUGAAAACUGAAUGCGGUAGCUCCUUUACGAACAAGCUCGAGGGAAUGUUCAAGGACAUCGAUCUUUCUCAAAACGUGAUGACGCAGUUCCAGCAACACGCAGCUAGCAGAAACGCGUUGGAAGCUCUGCAUGGAAAUCGUGGCAUUCCAGACAUGCAAGUCCAAGUUCUCACGACUGGAUUCUGGCCACCAUACGCUGCUGUUGAAAUCAACCUACCGGCUGCAUUGGUUCCUCUGAAGGAGAUUUUCGACAAGUUCUACUCGUCCAAGUAUCAAGGUCGUCAGCUUCAGUGGCAACACUCUCUGGCCCAGUGUGUGGUGAAGGCUACCUUCCCUUCAGGUAGAAAGGAGUUGGUUGUGUCGCUCUACCAGACUGUGGUGUUGCUGUGCUUUAAUGGAGCGGAUUCGCUGGGCUUUAAGGAGAUUAAGGAGCAAGCACGUAUCGAAGAUGGAGAGCUGAGACGCACGUUGCAGUCUCUGGCGUGUGGUAAAACGCGUGUACUGCAAAAAGUACCGAAGGGAAGGGAGAUCAACGACGACGACACGUUCGUAUUCAACACCAACUUCACGAACCAGCUCAUCCGCAUCAAGAUUAACUCGAUCCAGAUGAAGGAGACCAAGAAGGAGAACGAAGACACCCACGAGCGCGUGUUCAGGGACCGUCAGUACCAGGUGGAUGCUGCUAUCGUGCGCAUCAUGAAGGCGCGCAAGAAGCUGUCGCACGCGUUGCUGAUGACGGAGAUCUUCACGCAGGUUCGAUUCCCCGCAAAGGCUGCAGAUAUCAAGCGUCGUAUUGAGAGUCUCAUCGACAGAGAGUAUCUCGAGCGAGACUCGAACAAUGCCCAGAUGUACAACUAUUUAGCGUGAGCCCAGUUGAAAGUUUCGAUAAGUGGCAUGGAAAACUUUGCUUUGGAGUGCUGGUGAGCGAGUAGGAAGUAAGCGUAGCAGAGUAAUCGCAACGCGUUAAAUAAGGGCGAAUUGUGCUACAGUCCCCAUCCAUGUCCUUUAGAGUCUGCAGCUCACUCGACGGGCAUAUUACUGCAGGCGUGCAGCGGAAGUGAAAAGUAGAAGAGCAUAAUUAGUGGAUACUUCUUCUUAAUAAGUACUUUGCCCGUCAGUUAUUCUGCCGCCUUCAU